UACUGGACGAUACCCGUCGUCGCGGCGGCGGUCGGCUUCGGCACGAAUUACGUCCAAAUGCUCUUCUACCCCAUCGACUACAUCGGUCUCGAGCUCUGGCGCCUGAAGGACUCGCCGUGGGGCCUCUUCGGCUGGCAGGGCGUCGUGCCGACGAAGUGCGAACAAAUGUCCGCGCGGCUCGUCGACGUCAUCACCGCGAAGCUCCUGUCGCUGCCCGAGGCCUUCGGGCGCAUCGACGCGUGCGCUCUGGGCGGUCUCCUCUGCGGACCCGUCGCCGACGCGAUCGCGCGCGACGCGGGGCCCGCGUGGGCGUUUAUGUUGAGGCCCGCGCUGCCCUGGGCGCUCGCGCGGUGCGUGCGCGCCAUGCAGCGCGACAUCGACGACAUCCUGGACCUCGAGCACGUCGUCUCGACGGCGUUCCUGCGCGACAAGUCCGUACUGGUCGACUUAUUUCAGGACGUCGCGCGCGUCGAGCUCGAUUUUCUCGUGCGGUCGGGCCUCGGCUUCGGGUUCCUCUUCGGGGUGGGCCAAGCGGCCGUCUGGCUCUACCACCCGUAUCGCGUACUCCUCCCCCUGGCCGGCUCCGUCGUCGGCUACGCGACGAACUGGGUGGCGAUCAAGCUCGUCUUCGAGCCCGUGGAGCCCGUGGACGUCUUGGGAAUGGAGGUCCAGGGCCUCUUCGAGAAGCGGCAGCCCGAGGUCUCCGACGCGUUCGCCGCGUUCCUGCGCGCGCGCGUCCUCACGUCGCCGCGCCUGCUCGCCGAGCUCGUCGACGGCGACCGCGCGCCGCGGCUGCGCGCGCUGCUCCGGCGGGAGCUGCCCUUCGUCGUCCCGGACUCCGUGCUCGACGCGGCGAUCGGCGGCAUCCGCGCCGUCGCCGCCGCGGAGCGCCACGGCGCCCACGACCUCAUCGACGCGUCGCUCGACCUGGAGGCGGACCUCUCGGCGAAGCUCAAGGCCCUGCCGUCGGCCGAGUUCGAGAACCUGCUGCACCCCGUCUUCCAGGAGGACGAGUUCACGCUCAUCCUCGUCGGCGGCGUCCUCGGCGCCGGCGCGGGCAUGGCGCAGCUC